UCAAAGAAAUGUCAAGAUGGAAUGAAGGUGGAGUGUGUUGAACCGGUUUGCCAGUUCAUACAAAAUAAACAAAUCUUCCGCAUAGCUGCUUUAUUUUGAUAGACCCUACCUGGAUACCUGGACGAGAUGUGACUUUCACAAUCAAAAGUAAAACCACCAGAGGAGAGUGGACUAAGGCUCGGUGCGUUUGUUGUGCAGUUCAGAAUCUCUGAGCACUUCUGAGAGUCAAACCUUGCGCAGUUAUGGCCACGGCCGUGUGUCAGCUGUCGGAGCUCCAGUUCUGCUGCUCCAUCUGCCUGGACGUGUUCACUGACCCCACUUCUCUCCCGUGCGGCCACAACUUCUGCAAAGCGUGCAUCGAGCGCUACUGGGAGUCGCGCAGAGUUGGUUUUACAUGUCCCUACUGUAAACAUGUCUUCCCAACCAAACCAGAGCUCAAAGUCAACAUUUUUAUCUCGGAAAUGUCCAGGCAAUUUAAGCACUCAGUCAAAAGCAAAGAUUUGACGCAACAGGAGGCGAAACCAGGUGAAAUCUCGUGCGAUGUUUGCGAUGAUCCCAAAUUAAAGGCGCAAAAAUCGUGUCUGAAUUGUUUGGUUUCUUACUGUGACGCACACCUCAAACCGCACCAAACCGUACCCGCGCUAAAAAGACACACCCUCACAGAACCGCAAAGAAACCUAGAGGGAAAACUUUGCCCUGAACACGGUCAUGUCCUGGAGCUGUACUGUGAGAACGACGACAAGUGCAUCUGUUCGCUGUGUGUGCAUUUCCACAAACGGCACAAGGUGGCGCCACUGAGGGAGGUGUCUGAGCAGAAGAGGCUGCAGAUCACCAGCACCCGGACUGCGAUCCAGAGAAUGAUCCAAACGAGACAGAACAAGAUACAGGAGCUGCGCCGCCCUCUGGAGUCUCCGAGCGCAGACUCUGAGCUGUCGGAGGGCCUGAAGGUCUUCUCUGCUCUGAAGGGCGCUGUGGACCGAGCGCUGGAGGAACUGUACCAGGAGGUCAGUGAGAAGCAGGAGUCUGUGAAGGUCCAAGCUGAAGGUCAGAUCCAAGAAGUGGAGAAAGAGAUUGCUGAGCUGCAGAACAGACUGUCACAGGUGGAAGAACUUUCCCGAUCAAACGACCAUCUCCAAAUCCUGCAAAACUACAAGAAUCUGCGAGUGACUCCACGAAUGAAGGACUGGACCAGCGCUGGAGUCAGUUCACCAACGUUUGAGGGAAUUGUGGUUCGAGCUUUGUCUAAACUCGAGAAAGAAUUCACCAAAACAACCCAAGAGAUGUUUGAAGAAGAGCUGAGGAGAGUGAGGAGAUUUGAAGCUCUGGUCACACUGGACGGAGACACGGCACACACUCAGCUUGUAGUGUCCCAAAAUGGCUCCCAAGUCAACUACAGCAUCGAACAACGAAGAAUACAAAACAGCGUCAACAGAUUUGAAGAUUUCUUUGUUUUAGGAAAGCAAAGUUUCACGGAAAAUUUCUACUUUGAGGUGGAGGUGAGAGGGAAAACAGACUGGACUGUAGGAGUGGCCAAAGAGACACUCAGCAAGAAGGGAGCGUUGAAACUGGACCCUCAAAAUGGCGUGUGGGCGAUUGGUUUGAAGGAUAAAAACUACUUUGCAUGCGCCAAACCGGAAAUCCCUCUCUUUCCAAAGGGUAAACCGGAGAAAAUGGGAGUGUUUGUGAGCUAUGGAGAGGGCUGUGUUUCAUUUUAUGAUGUGGAGAAUGCAGCAGUGAUCCACUCCUUCACUGGGUUCUGUUUUAGAGAGAGACUUAAGCUGAUCUGCAGUCCAGGACACUACUCUUAUGGGAACUUCGCUCCUCUGGUUGUGUGUCAGAAUGCUCCCAGUGCACGAAGGAUGACAUGGCCAAUGCAAUGGGCCACUAUAGGAUAAAUUAGAGCUUCUCUCACAAGGGACAGACCAUUCUGAUUACACUGAAAUCAUUAAAAUAUUGUUUUUAGAAUACAUAGGGCAAUACAGAUCACUCAUGGAUUUCAGGGGAGUUGGCAACAUAUUGGUUCCUGUUUUUAUACGACUUUUCACUGAUUUUAACAGGAAGAGAGAGAUAUUAAUCUGCUGAAAUGUGUAUUGCUGUUUAAUAUUCAGUUUAAUACUGAUAUUUGGAUUUGAAUUAAUGCAUUUUUUUACUUGUGUAUUCUUCUGUGUGCAGUUUGGGUCUGAUAAAAAUAAAUAAAUAAAUUAAAUUGAAUAAAAUAACUAAUAAAUGAACUGAAUGACCCAUCAGAGCAGCAGUAUGUCAGAUGUCCAUAGACAACACCGAAAGAAAGACAUUUGUCGGGAGAUGAACAAGUGAAUGCACCUCCUCUCAAGUACCACACAGAGUGCACCUGCAUUGCACAUUAUGAUUUGGAAUUUGAACAGUUAUUUUUAUACUAUGUUUUGUACUUUGAGCUAUAUUUUCAUACUUGUUUUCAAGGUAGACAGUAAACACAGUUUUUAUAAAUCAAAAUAAAUGUACUUAAACUGCA